GGGUUGAUUCCAAGGUAAUGCGUCCUGUCUCACUAUUUGCGUUGCUGUAUGAAGUGAGGUUGCACGAUGCUUCCCUUUCAUCGCUCCUCCCUCAACCGCUUCCAUCGGCGCGCCUCGGUGAGGCCGCUAACCAGUUCUGGCAUCUCCAGUCGUCGCAUUACGGUGAAGAUGAGUCCAGUUUGGGCGCAAACUUCCAUAGCCAGUUCCCUCUGCGCGACUGUUGUUCAGAUACAUCCGCUCGUUCCUGACUACACACAUCCACACCAUGGCGCCCGCUGGACUUACCUUCGAGGACGUACAAGCUUGGGCAUCCCGAGACUUCCCGGAUCAGUUCAAGCACCUUCCUGAUGCAGGAGCAUUUCAUACACAGUUCAACAUCAUCCGCGGCUACAAUCAUGACAACAGCUUCAAAAGCUUUGUCAUAGGCAGCACCUACACUAAAACAAGGAAGCCGGCAGACCUCAUGGCCUGGCUUGAAGGUCCCCGCAUAAUCCUCGGCUACAUUGGAAAGAACCGGAAGGGGGAGCCACAGAUUCGUCAUGUGGUCUUGACACAAGAAAACGCCUCUUCUUGGAGCUUGAAAUUUCCAUUCAACUUGAUCCCACCGACUCAAAGCCAGACGGAGGUUGCUUGCUGUGAUGCUAUGCUACGCUACUACUUCCUUGCAAAAGGCUGGAGUAAAGGCGUAAUCGACAAGUCGAACGUUUUCAACAGAUUCGUAUCCAGGUUUCCUUACGCUUAUCGGGCUAUUGCCAACGCUGUCGCGGAGGGGCCAGAACUGGUUCCGAUCCCAUACUAUACUGUCUAUCCACAAGAAGCUAGUCGUAUUCCGGUAGCAUCAGCAAGUCAGCACCCGCUUUGUCCACAGAGGACUGCCUAUCUUUUCGAGCAGAUUGCCAACGACCCACUCCCAAGCCGAUCGUACACUGUGCUCAACAGCCCAUCACCCAGUCCGCCGCCGAUUGAGGAACCCAUAACGCCCCAAGUACUACGCUCCCCAUUUCAGCUGCAGUCCCGAUUCGGAGAUCCACAGGCAGUCAGUCCUGGUGGGGAUCAGAUCGUGGCACUCGAUGGGUCGAACGAUGCCGACGAGCGAGACAGCUCCGGGCUGCGAAAUAAGCUUUUCGAUCUCAACAUCCGGCUCAUGGUUGCGGAGGGUCUCGCUCAGGAUGCUGAGACAGCAGCUCGGACAGCUCAGGAAUAGGCACAGCUCUGGAGGAGACGAUAUGAAGAAUCCGAGCCCUACAAGGCCAAGUAUGACGAGAUGAGAAACCACUUUAAUCUGCAAGAAUAGGUCAGAAUACAAGCUUGGAAGUCGCUGGUCAGAACAUCGUACGGAGAGGGCAGAGCCUGUGGAUGGAGCUGUCACACAAUGUGCAAGCAAUAGACGAGGACUGAGCAGCGUUUCGGUUGUGCCGUCGGAAGGCCGAUAAUUGAUGCGGUAGGCAACGCUAUGUAAUGAGGAUCUGAGGGCAAUGCUGGGCGGUCCUAUCGCAUGGGCGUAACGGCACAGUCAACUCUACUCUUAAGAAUGCAUCGCUUUCGUGUGUAAAUCUUUACCGGUGCCCAUUGAUGAAGAGAAGGUGAGACUUUUCCAGGGUCCAUUCACAUGCAUAGAGUCUUGAAAGGCAGGUGCGCCCCGCUUACGUCGCGUACGCGUUCCCACGCGGACGC